CUCUUUCCCGGUCCUGUCAAGCACCUGGCUCUCGCUCCCGUACCAAGAUGGCGGCAGAAGCAGCUGGUGGGAAAUACAGGAGCUCAGUCAGCAAAAGCAAAGACCCCUCGGGGCUGCUCAUCUCGGUGAUCAGGACUCUGUCUGCCAGUGAUGAUGUUGAAGACAGAGAAAAUGAGAAAGGCCGCCUUGAGGAAGCCUAUGAGAAGUGUGACCGUGACCUGGAUGAGUUGAUCGUUCAACACUACACAGAACUGACAACAGCCAUUCGCACUUACCAGAGCAUCACAGAGCGCAUCACUAACUCAAGGAAUAAAAUCAAGCAGGUAAAAGAGAAUCUACUUUCCUGCAAGAUGCUGUUGCACUGCAAACGGGAUGAACUUCGUAAACUAUGGAUUGAAGGAAUUGAGCAUAAGCACGUCCUGAACCUGCUGGAUGAAAUUGAGAACAUAAAGCAAGUGCCUCAAAAACUGGAACAGUGCAUGGCCAGCAAGCACUACCUUAGUGCCACGGACAUGCUGGUGUCAGCAGUGGAGUCUUUGGAGGGCCCACUGCUCCAGGUGGAAGGACUCAGUGACCUCAGGCUGGAACUUCACAGCAAGAAAAUGAACCUGCACUUGGUUCUCAUCGAGGAACUGCACCGGCACCUGUACAUCAAAUCCACUAGCCGAGUUGUCCAGCGUAACAAAGAAAAAGGGAAGAUGAGCUCUCAUGGCAAAGAUGCCUCUCCUGGUCCUCUGAUGGAUGUUACAAACAUUCCUACUCCACGCAAAUUCCUUGAUGCCACUCAAUAUUCUGCUGCUGGCAGCUCAAGUGUGAGGGAGAUGAACCUACAAGACAUCAAGGAGGACUUGGAGUGUGAUCCAGAGGAGAACAGCACUCUUUUCAUGGGAAUUCUUAUCCAGGGACUGGCCAGACUGAAGAAGAUCCCUGAGACAGUUAAAGCCAUUAAAGAGCGUUUGGAGCAGGAGCUAAAGCAGAUCGUGAAGAGGUCAACCACUCAGGUGGCAGACAGUGGCUAUCAGAGGGGAGAGAGCCUCACUGUGGACAACCAACCAAGGUUACUUCUAGAACUGCUGGAACUGUUGUUUGACAAGUUUAAUGCUGUAGCCACAGCACACUCUGUGGUCCUGGGGUACCUGCAGGACUCUGUUGGAUCCCAGCCAAUGCAGCAGGAAGAGAUUAAAUUAUAUGAUAUGGCAGAUGUGUGGGUGAAGAUCCAAGAUGUGCUGCAGAUGCUGUUGACUGAGUACUUGGAUAUGAAAAACACACGUACUGCAUCAGAACCAUCAGCUCAGCUAAGCUAUGCUAGCACUGGACGGGAGUUCGCAGCCUUUUUUGCCAAGAAGAAACCACAAAGGCCAAAGAAUUCUCUUUUCAAGUUCGAAUCAUCCUCCCAUGCUAUCAGCAUGAGCGCCUAUCUGCGAGAACAGAGAAGGGAACUCUAUAGUCGGAGUGGAGAACUUCAAGGGGGUCCUGACGACAACUUAAUUGAAGGUGGAGGAACAAAAUUUGUCUGUAAACCUGGAGCCAGAAAUAUUACUGUCAUAUUCCAUCCAUUACUGAGAUUUAUUCAGGAGAUUGAACACGCCUUGGGACUUGGCCCUGCCAAACAGUGUCCCCUUCGAGAGUUCCUCACCAUGUAUAUCAAAAGCAUCUUCCUUAAUCAAGUCUUGGCUGAGAUCAACAAGGAGAUUGAAGGAGUCACCAAAACAACAGACCCCUUGAAGGUCCUAGCUAAUGCAGACACCAUGAAGGUUCUGGGGGUGCAGAGGCCUCUUCUACAGAGCACGAUCAUUGUGGAGAAGACGGUGCAAGACCUCAUGAACCUGAUGCAUGACUUGAGUGCAUAUUCAGAUCAGUUCCUCAACAUGGUGUGUGUGAAGCUCCAGGAGUACAAGGACACCUGCUCCACAGCCUACAGGGGGAUUGUCCAGUCGGAAGAGAAACUCGUCAUCAGUGCAUCUUGGGCAAAAGAUGAUGAUAUCAGCAGACUCUUGAAAUCACUGCCAAACUGGACUAACAUGGCUCAGCCCAAACAGCUGAGGCCCAAGAGGGAAGAGGAAGAAGACUUCAUAAGGGCAGCCUUCGGCAAGGAAUCUGAAGUUCUAAUUGGGAAUCUCGGUGACAAACUUAUUCCUCCGCAAGACAUUCUCCGUGAUGUCAGUGACCUCAAAGCCUUGGCCAACAUGCACGAGAGCCUGGAAUGGCUGGCCGGCCGAACAAAGUCAGCUUUUGCCAACCUCUCUACAUCCCAGAUGUUGUCUCCUGCUCAAGAGAGCCAUGUGAACAUGGACCUGCCGCCAGUGUCUGAACAGAUCAUGCAGACACUGAGUGAACUUGCCAAGUCCUUCCAGGAUAUGGCUGACCGCUGCCUGCUCGUCUUGCAUCUGGAAGUGAGAGUUCAUUGUUUCCACUAUCUCAUUCCUCUGGCAAAGGAGGGGAACUAUGCCAUCGUUGCCAAUGUGGAAAGUAUGGAUUAUGACCCUCUGGUGGUCAAGCUCAACAAAGACAUCAGUGCCAUGGAAGAGGCCAUGAGCGCCAGCCUUCAGCAGCACAAGUUCCAGUACAUCUUUGAAGGUCUGGGACACCUCAUCUCCUGCAUCCUCAUUAAUGGAGCCCAGUACUUCCGGCGCAUCAGUGAGUCUGGCAUCAAGAAAAUGUGUAGGAACAUUUUUGUUCUUCAGCAGAAUUUGACCAACAUCACUAUGUCACGGGAGGCAGACUUGGACUUUGCAAGGCAGUACUACGAGAUGCUGUACAACACAGCCGAUGAGCUCCUGAACCUGGUGGUGGACCAGGGCGUGAAGUACACAGAGCUGGAGUACAUUCAUGCCCUGACCCUGCUGCACCGCAGCCAGACCGGCGUGGGGGACCAGACCAUCCAGAACACCAGGCUGCAGAGGCUCAAAGAGAUCAUCUGUGAGCAGGCUGCCAUCAAGCAAGCCACCAAGGACAAGAAAAUAACCACCGUCUGAUGGUGUGCACUGCAGUGGGUGUGGGUAGCAUUCAUUGUGUGUGCAGCCACAGGCUCUAGCUACUCGGCAUGGCCUGAGCUGACUUGAUUUUGUCUACACUGAUGCUUAGUGGAUAGAAGGUGGAUUUUUUUCUCCUCACUUUUGCUUUUCUAUGAACUCUAAGGAAGUUUGCAGUGCAGAAUGUUUUGCCUAAUGACUACUUUAGUGCUGUCUAUUCCCAAGGGAUGAGGGUGGGACAGGAAGGGGGGCAUGUCAAGGAGUGAAGGAAAGUUGGCUACUACCUGUUUUAGGACCACCCUGAAGCUACUUAAUAAGGUCCAUAGCAUAAGCAGGGCCUUUGUAGUUCAGUGAAGUAAGUGUGUACACAUUACUUUGUCUCCAUUGCCAAAAUCAAGUAAGAGGCUUCUCAGCUGGCCUCCCUACCAAAAACAGAUCUCAAGGCUGGGGGAAAGCAGCUUUCAUCCCUGGCUGCGGGGGUGGGGGAGAGGGGGUGUGGGGGGGUGCGCUAUAGCUUGUACACAGGUUGCCGUUCGGUUUUAUAACCUUUUUGUUUAUUCCUUCUGUAUUAAAACCAAGAGUCAGAGCUGGAGCGUGGCUUAGCAGUUACGAGCACUGGCUGUCCUUCCAGAGGACUGGAGUUCAAUUCUCCGCACCCACACAUGGAGGCUCAGUCAUCUGUAACUUCAGUUCCCCUCACCAGAAGUCCUCUCAUGGCUUGACAGGUACCUCAUGUAUGUGGUGCACAGACAUACAUGCAGGCAAAACCACUCAUACACAUGAAGAAAAAAGUCAAGUCAUAAAACCAGUGCUACAAAAGAAGGAUGAAAGGUGAUUCACCCUCCCACGGCUGCAGAACUUCCCAUCUCACACUUCACUGAGGGUCAGUUUUGAGGGGCAUCCUCAUGUUCCCGUGCACACUGUGUUAGUCACUUGUCCUGUUGCUGUGACAGGAGUGACUUAGGAAAGGAAGGGUUUUUUGGCUAACAGUUAAGAGUAAGCCCAUCAUAGCCAGGAAGCCAUGACAGCCAGAGGUUGAGGCAGCUGCUCACACUGCCUCUGCAGUCAGAAAACAGCAGUGGAUGCCCAGGUUUGGGUAGCUUUCUCCUUUUUAUGCAGCCCAGGACCUCGGCCCAUGGAAUGAUUCCCCCACAGUUAGAGUGGGCCUGCCCACCUCAAUUAAUGGAAUUUAAAUUCACAGACAAGUCCUGUCCUAGUUGGUUGCUGUUGCUGUGAUAAACUGACCAAAACCAACACAGACACACAACACAGGGACACAGACACACAAAAAUAAAAAUAGUUUUAAAAUAAUUUGACAAUGAGAAAGUAAAGCAUCAAUAUUAUGGUAAACAUCGAAUCUACUGAAAAAUUCAGAGAGGAAUAAAGCAAUAAAAAUAUUGAAUAUUAAGCAGUACAGCUCAGGUCCACUCAGCUGAAAGCAAGGAGGAUGGGACAGUUUCCCUGUGUCUGGGAUUAAAGGCAUGCACCCCCAGGCCUGGCCGCUCAGCCUCUUUUCCAGUUGCCCUUUCCCGAGACGGGUGCCUACGAUGCUCGUGGCGGUAUGGGUCUUGCCCAGGCCCCCACGUCCUCUUGCUGCUCGAGGUUCAUAGGUCACAGGAGACACCAGUGCACUGACAAAGAAGCACCUUGAACACGCAUGGGAAGAAGAGCCAGAAGGACUGGGGCCAUUCAAGGUCAUUCUUGGACCCCAAGGGAGGGAAUUUUCACACCUGUUUGUAACAACUUUGAUCUGGAUGGGAAUAACCAAAAAUUAAAAACUGUUUUGAGAAGCUUAAA